AACCUGCCAGACUGCUCGACUCCUUCUGUGCAAUGGAGAAGACGUUGCAGUGCAGUUGUUUCUUUCAUGGGAUCCCCACACCGUCUGUGCAGUGGUGGGUGGAUGGAGUUCCUGUGGAUGUGAACAGUGGGCAUGGCCACCUCCAGGUGACCUCUACCAUACUUGGUCCCUGGGACAACAGCACCCUCAGCCUGGCCCAGGCCCCGAAAAUGGGCACAGUUCUUCUCUGCGAGGGAAGGAACCAACAUGGAACCCAUGGUUUGAGCAUCCUGCUGAUGUCAAGAAAGGACCAUUUGGCUCCCCAGAUCUUUCUGAAGGCGAUGCUCCAGGGUGUGAUCUAUGCAGCCAUGGCGAUCACAGUACUUUUUCUCUGCUUCCUCCCCUUCAUAGCGGAAUGUCUCAGGACGGAUCAGGCAAAGAAGUGUGCGCGGAUGAGAGCACAGAAGGGCUCUACGGCCGGGACGGGCCAGGGAUCCAGCGUGAAGCUCGAAGAGCCUAGGGAAUCCAACACUGAGCCACCCUCUGGGAAGCAGGCCUUGAGUCACUCGGGAGAUGGGCCUCAGGACAUGCCUGUGGGGCCCGUCUUCACUGUCCGGAUUGAGGUGACCUGCCUGCUGUGGGUGGCACUGUUCCCCGGCUGUGUCAGUGGAGAAACUGAGCUGAACAGCAGCUGGCAAGCAUAA